UAAUAGGCUAAUUCUUUCUUCUUUUUGAAUUGCUUUUCAAUGAUUUCCCCAAUUCAAUUCAAGUAUCAGAAAUCAAAUCUUCAUAUUUCAUUUCAAAAUAAGAUAUCCGUGUCAAGUUUUCACAUCUGAAUCCUUUGAGAUACAAAGAGAAGGAUUGAUGGAACGAGAUAAAUCGAAAGACGGAUGUGCAAGUGUGGUUCCGAAAGGAGUUCCAGUGUACGACGGAAAAUACAUACAUACAGUGUGCUCGGAAAUCUAUUUGAGUUCUUGCCACUUUAUUUUUGCGAGGCUUCAAUUUUACAACGUUCCCAAGCACAAAAUUACUAUUGCUACAACUCAAUUUUUAGAGUGGAAGGUGGGCAAUCUGUAACAUUGGUUGGUUCAAAACUUAUAACGUCUGGGGGAGAGCACAAGCAUUUAAUACUUUUGAAUGACGUUAAUUCCCUUGAUCUAGAGACUAUGAUUUGGAAUGUUGCCGAGACUACGCAAGUAGAUUUGUACAACACUUUGGCAACCUCUGAGUUCCUUUCAGUUGAUUGA